AAAGACGUGAAUGGAGGUGUUUACUAAUAUCAUAACCUAUAGUAUAAUAUUUUCACGUGUUUUGUUUUCAUUUUAAAAAUCAUAAAUAAAUUAAACAAUGCCCAAGUUACAAAUCGAUGAGGUUUUCACCAAAAAUAAUAUACAUCCGAUGCUUAUAAAUUUCCAAAAUGGCUACACAACUGGAAAAUUUCAACCAACAGAAUGUGUGUUAUUACAAGACGAAAAUUCAAAAACUACUAUCGCUACACAAAUAAAUGAUUUUGUUUAUACGGGAGAAGAAGAAAAAGAAGAUUUGAGUAAAACAAUAAUAAUUGCUAGGAAUAAAAACACCGGAAAAGUUAGGUUAAUCGAAGUCGGUACAGCGGAGUUGAAACCUGUGCUUAAAGUUGACUUGGAUUCAACUCAAUUAUUAGAAACGAGUAAUUUAGAACUAAGUAGAAAAUUCGGUUCGAAAAAACAGAAGCAGCAAGUUGAACAACGAGAGAAAUUAAAGGUUAACGUACAAAUUGUGAAUGAACAAAUGCAAAAUGUCACCCAGGAGGUAUCCGUGGACAAUUUAGAUCUAUCUUCAUACGAAAAUCCAGAUUCAGAUGAUUUCUAUAUACCACCAAUCAACAGAGAUGCACAAAAACCGGAACAAAUCUAUGAAUUAGAUAAAAUUUUAACCGAAGAUGAAUUCGAUAAGAUAUAUUCUGAAGUAGAAGGUAAAGACUACGCUUCCGACAUACCUUCAUGGGUAGCGAAUUUGAUGACAUCAAAAAAGAAUCCAAAACACAUUGUAUUAGGAAUGUAUGCAGGAGUUCUGCUUAAAUUAUAUUUAAUGUUGGUGAAGGAUAUACCAAAAAAGAUGUUUACAGCUUGCAAACUGUCACCAACACUUAAUAAUAUAGUUUUAUCAAACUUUUUGUUAAACAACAACGGUAAACGUAGCAGACCAGCACCAUACAAAGAUAAAUCUUUAUGUCAUGCAAUAAUAUUCCUACUUCUCAUAAACAAUUUAUCACUAGACUUGGACAUUCUUUCCCAAGGUAUUAAGUUACAACCGAAAACGGUUACGACAAAAAUCAGAGUUACAGGUGCAUCUAUUGUUGCUUCUGGCAGUAAAAAACUAAUACAGUUAAAAUUACCAUUAAAAACGAAAACAGUUUUUAGAAGAAAGAGUAAAAAGUUUUAGUUAGUUUAGUUUUUUUUACUAUAAUAGCUUGUAAGUUUUAAUCCUUUUAGACUCGCCGUUAAAAAGAAUGGAGAAACCUUAUGGUUGGUUACUGCUUUUGAUUAGCGAUGGUGUAUCAAACACAAGCCAAUUCAUUACGGUCAUACUAAAAAUUUCGUAUUUUUGUUUCAAUUUGUAAAUC